AUGAGAAAGAACAGGACAUGCAAAUUGGUUAUCCCACUGAUGUAAAGCAUGUUGCGCACAUUGGAUGGGACGGCCCCUCUGCCAAUACGCCGAGCUGGAUGAGAGAGUUUGAAUCUUCAAGGGAAGUUUCAUCCAGGUCUUUGGACUCUUUUGGAGAAGAUAAAUUAUCAUCCAAAGAUAUAAAAAAAACUGGCGCUGAAAUUGAAGAAUCCUUGCUACGACAUGCUAAAUCAGCCGGAAUUGGCUCAUCUACUAACUCCCUUCAAUGGAGUUGUGAUGCACCAAAGCACUCCAGGCGCCACCACUCAACGGAUGUGUCAUCAGAUUCCCCUAAACGAGAUUCAUCAGGCAGUUCAAGACACACAAGACGGAGCCGAAAUAUGAAACUUGGAAAUGACUCGCUAACACCAGAUCUACCUGCUGUCCCCAAACAAUCUCGUCGUAGGAAGUCAAAGGGGUCAUCUGGUGGUGGUUCAUCAAAGUCACAGAGGCCAAAAGACCAUAAUGCUUCACCCGACAUCCCUUUCAUAGAUAUGGGAUCCGGAUCUGGAUCUGUGUAAGACUGAAAAACAUUUAGAAACGCCUAAAUUAGAUUUUGGAAGAGUAGAGGGUUUGAUGGGAACUCGAGAGGGAAAGUGUGAUUUGUGUAAGUUAGAGGUUUUAACCUGAUCUUCUAGUUGAUGAUGUGACUCAAAUGAUCUUAUUUGUCAUUAUAUUCUUCUUUGGAUUUUUGGUUUCCUUCUCAUGC